UCUGUCACUCUGCCUUUCAAAUAAAUAUUCUUAAGUACUCUCACCCCAUCUUUGUUUUUAGAAGAUUCCUGGGGAUUAUCAUUUUAAAGUUAGUUUGUGCAGUUUAUCUAGGAACGAUGACAAGCGUAACCUGAUCCUUCUCCUUGUCCUUGAUUUCAGCCUAGAUCCCUUGGUCUGUUCAUAUGGUCGGCAGCGAUGCCUUUGUCAUCUAGAAAAUGAAAAAAAUCAUCUGAUCCUCAUGCUCACAGCUUUGCUUGCACCUGUCUUUCCUCUGGGACCCCCAGCUGACCCAGCUAGCCCAAGAAAGCCCCAGCCAGAGUCUCUUCCCCUUUAUCUCUUCCUGAAACUCCUCCACCCCUUCACUCUUGCAGAUUCUUGCUAAAAACGACCCUACCCAGAAAGGCUUCCCCGACCGCUCUGUGAUAAGUAGCACAUGGGCAUCAUAGCUCCAGGACCUUGAACUCACAACUCAGUCUUUCUUUGGCUCAUGCUCUGGACUUGCACAGGUCUUGCUCCAUGAGGGUGGCAGCUCCAUCUUUGCACACCUGCCAGGACCCAACCCUCUGGGUUCAUUCAUGCUCCGUCCUCACUCCUCUUCAUGUUACAGAACACUCUGCUGGGCAGCCUUGUGGUCUUCGCCAGCCUCUUGGUGUUGUGCAACACGCAGUGCUAUGUCGAACUCUAUGACAAGAACCCGGAGGAUCCCCCUGAUGAAUGCAGGGACCUUGAUGGAGUCACACACAAGCUGAACGUGGAGUGGAAGACUGAGAACUGUUGCACAUGUAGUUGUGAUGAGACUGGAAUUCAUUGCUGCAACACUGCUGCCAUCCCCGGAGGUUUUGAUACCACAAAGUGCAAGACGAUCUUCCACAAGGACACUUGCAGCUACUCCGUGGUGGAGCUGGAGAACCCGGACAAGGAAUGUCCAGUCAGCUCGUGGAUCCUGUGAAGAGCUAGUGGGCCCAGGUCCUCCCGCGGGCCCGGACAGCCCGAUGUACAGCCCUGCUUAUCAGUAAAGCAUGUGUGGAGCAAUCACUCGGCUGUGUAUGCAUUGAUUGCGCAUUUUAAAGCAUGUGAACUGAAGAGAAGAAAAGUGGAAUAAAGGUUAUGCCCAUGUGCCCGCACGCAGCGUCCCCUGUCCCAGCGCCGGGGCACCCCUGUGGUUUCU